CUCAUACAAACCGUCCUAAUGGCAGGCCAAAAAUCUCAAUCUGAGACCGAACAUGUGAUGGAUGGAGCCACCAUCUCUCCAAGUGCAAUGACGCAGAGUUUUAACCUCUCAGCCGCCAUUGUUUCAAAAUCACUGAUAUUACUACUAACCAGAUUCCAUGCUGGCUACUUCAGAAUAAGCCUCUCUUUAGGUGGUCAGGCCUUGCUAUGGAAGACCCUUCUUCAACCAGCCAAUCAUGUUAUCUUGACGACUAUACCAAUCAUAGUGUGGUUAUUUGCCUUGUUCAUCCUAGUUUUAUUCUCCAUCCUAUAUAUCCUACGGUGUGUAUACCGAUUUAACAUGGUCAAGGCAGAAUUCUUGCACCAUAUUGGAGUAAAUUAUCUCUUUGCUCCAUGGAUAUCAUGGCUACUCUUACUUCAAUCUUCUCCUUUUGUAGCUCCCAAGAAUGUCUCCUACCUUAUCCUUUGGUGGAUUUUUGCAGUUCCAGUCUUUGUGCUGGACGUCAAAAUAUACGGCCAAUGGUUUACCAAAGGAAAGAGGUAUUUGACGGCGGUAGCAAAUCCGACGAGCCAAAUAUCGGUCAUAGGGAACUUGGUUGGGGCAAGAGCUGCAGCUCAAAUGGGAUGGCAAGAAAUUGCAGUCUGCUUGUUUUCACUGGGGAUGGUUCAUUAUUUAGUGCUAUUUGUAACGCUUUAUCAGAGAUUCCCGGGGUGCGAUCGGCUGCCGGCAAUGUUACGGCCCGUUUUCUUCUUGUUCUUUGCAGCACCAAGCAUGGCAAGCUUGGCUUGGGACACCAUAUCUGGAAGCUUCGAUAUUGCGUCCAAGAUGCUAUUCUUUCUGUCACUCUUCCUGUUCAUAUCACUGAUUUGCAGACCCUUCCUUUUCAAGAAAUCCAUGAGAAGAUACCACGUCGCAUGGUGGGCUUACUCUUUUCCGGUAACUUCUCUAGCGUUAGCUUCAGCAGAAUACGCUCAAGAGGUGGAAGGCGGUGUAACACAUGCGAUCAUGCUCAUUCUAUCAGGGCUAUCUGUUCUGGUGAUCCUGAGUCUUUUGGUCUUCACUGCUCUAAAUACCAAAAUGCUUCUGCCGGACGAUGAUCCCAUUCUCCCCACUAGCCUCCCAGAUCAUCCCUUAUCCACUGCAUGAUGCCAGUUUUCUGAAAAUUAUUGUCAUUUUUGUGCUGUAUCAUAUCGUCCUCACCAGCGGUCCCGGUCGAUUCUGCACAGUGGCAACAAGUUGCUUGCUAUGACUAGCACAUAUUGCACUCUGGCAAAUGAAGACAGCCCAAAGUUUAAUUCAUGGUCUGGUUGGCUCCUCUAUCCUUCACUGUAAAAGAUCAGGAGUUUGAAAUUCUGCAUACCUAUAAAAAUUUCUUUAUAUCUCUUUUU